AUGACGUCGUCAUCGCAGGCGGCAAGUCGCCUUCAGGACUCACGUCAUGACCCCACUCACUCUUGUCCCUCGCCAGGUGGUGCAGCGGGAUGUCUGCUCGCCGGGCGCCUCGCUGCCGCCUCGCCAACCCUGACCAUCCUCGUCCUCGAAGCGGGGCCCCCGACGCGCGAGCUCCUCGCGCACAUCCAGCCCGCGCGGUACCUCUCGCACCUUGCGCCGACGUCGACGACCGUGCGGUUUCACAAGGCGGAGAAGAAGGAGGCACUGGGCGGGCGCGAGCUCGUCGUGCCGUGCGGGCAGUGUUUGGGCGGGGGGUCGAGCGUUAACUUCGCGAUGUACACCCGCGCGAGUAGGUCCGACUACGAUGAUUGGGAGACUGUAUACGGGAACGUGGGGUGGGGCUCUAACGACCUCGUCCCUCUCCUUGAGAAGACUGAGACAUACCAAGUUGGCCCCGAUGCGCUAAACCACGGCUACGAGGGCCCGCUCAAGAUAUCCUAUGGUGGGAUCUAUACGGACGCUGGGCAGCAGUUCCUUGAAGCCGCCGCCGUGUACGACAAGCAGCGGACGGUCGGCGGGGACCCCAACGAUCUGGUGUCGGUUAAUAAAUAUGGCCGAUGGCAAAAGUGGAUCGACGCGAAGACGGGGCGGCGCUCCGACGUGCCGCACUACUUCAUCUACAACCAGGCGCACAACGAGCGCCUGCACGUCGUCACGAGCGUGCACGUCAACCGCGUCCUCCUUGAAGGCGCGCGCGCUGUGGGCGUCGAGUUCCGCUGGAAUAAGCGCUUUCUUCCCGAUGCAGAUGACGAGACGCACACCGUGCGCGCGCGCCGCCUUGUCGUUCUUUCUGCAGGCUCGUUUGGGUCUCCCGGGAUCCUGGAGCGCUCUGGAAUCGGCGCAGCGGAUGUGCUGAGCAAAAAUGGAGUAAAGCAGGUCGUUGAUCUUCCUGGGGUGGGCGAGGGAUAUCAGGACCACAACGUCGUUUUUGUGCCAUAUGUUGCUGCGCCAGAGGCGGAGACGCUCGAUGGCAUCGUGCUGAGCGACCCUGACGUGAUUGAGCUCACGUCGAAUGAAUGGCUCAAGAGCGGCCAGGGGCUCAUGGCGCAUAACGGCAUCGAUGCCGGCGUCAAGAUUCGCCCCACGCCAGAGGAGCUCGAGGCUUGGGGGCCUGAGUUUCGGAAGCGAUGGGAGAGCUACUUUGCGCCUGCGCCGGACAAGCCGGUGCUGUGGAUGGGCCCGGCAUCCAUGCUCGUGGGAGAUUGGUCGGUCGCGGAGCGCCAGAAGUAUUUCAGCAUGGCGUAUUUUAAUGAAUAUCCCGCUGCCCGAGGUCAUGUCCACAUCACGUCUGGCACCGACGUGACAGCCCCGACCGAUUUCGAGCACGGCUUCCUCGAAGACGUGGCAGACGUGCGCCCGCUUGUGUGGGGAUACAAGUUCUCGCGCGAGCUCGCGCGCCGCAUGCCACUCUUCCGUGGCGAGUACGCCCCGCUGCAUCCUAAGUUCCCUGAAGGGAGUGCUGCGGGCAUCGUCGUCGGUACGGAGGGCGCGGGCCCAGGCCCGGUGCCAUUGGACGCCCCAGAUUUGUUGUACGAUGAAGAGGACGAUCGCGCGAUCGAGAAGUACACGAGGGAGUUUGUAUCCACCGCGUGGCAUGCGCUCGGUACCUGUGCAAUGAAGCCACGAGCCGAAGGCGGUGUUGUCGAUUCGGAGCUGAAUGUGUAUGGCGUCGAAGGCCUCAAGAUUGCCGAUUUGUCGGUAUGCCCCGGGAAUGUUUCUGCGAAUACGUAUUCGACGGCGCUCGUUGUGGGAGAGAAGGCUGCGAUGAUCAUCGCUGAGGAGCUCGGGAUCAAGGGGGUGUGA